AUGCCACCUAAAAGAAGACGCAGUUCUGCUGCUGGGACUGCUCAUGAUGAUACUUUCAAUGAGUUGAUGAAACCAGUUUACAAGGGGAAGAAAUUAACUGAUGAGAUCAAUACUGCAGAAGAUAAGUGGAACUUACUUCCUGCCUUUUUGAAAGUCAAAGGGUUAGUGAAACAACAUUUGGAUUCUUAUAACUAUUUUGUUGAUGUGGAUUUAAAGAAGAUUAUUAAAGCAAAUGAGUUAGUUUUAUCCGAUGUUGAUCCUGAAUUUUAUGUGAAAUAUUUAGAUAUCAGAGUUGGUCAUAAAUCAACCGCCAAGCCAGGUGUUAAAGAAGUUAUUUUACCACCACACGAAUGUAGAUUGAGAGAUUUAACUUAUUCUGCCCCUAUUUAUGUUGAUGUUGAAUAUACCAGAGGACGUAAGAUUAUUAGACACAAUGAUUUGGAAAUCGGGAGAAUGCCAGUUAUGUUGAGAUCAAACAAAUGUAUGUUGGAAGGCAUGUCUGAAGCAUCAAUGGCUCAAGUUGAAGAAUGUCCUUUGGAUCCAGGUGGUUAUUUUGUUGUGAAUGGUACUGAAAAGGUUAUUUUAGUUCAAGAACAAUUGUCCAAGAAUAGAAUUAUCGUUGAAGCAGAUGAAAAAAAGGCUAUUGUUCAAGCUUCAGUUACUUCAUCCACCCAUGAACGUAAAUCUAAAACUUAUGUUAUCACCAAGAAUGACAAGAUUUAUUUGAAACAUAAUUCCGUUAGUGAAGAUAUUCCAAUUGUUAUUAUUUUGAAAGCAGCAGGUAUUACUUCAGAUUUGGAAAUUUUGCAAUUAGUAUGUGGUACCGAUCCAAACUAUCAAGAUUUAUUUGUGGUGAAUUUUGAAGAAGCUGCUAAAUUGGAAGUUUUCACCCAACAACAAGCUUUGCUUUAUGUUGGUAAACGUGUCAAAACCAUUAGACGUGCUGGUGCCCCUAAAUUGUCCCAAUUGCAAGAAGGUAUUGAAGCCAUUGCCACCACAAUCGUUGCUCAUUUAACUGUUUCUGAUUUGCAAUUUCGUGAAAAGGCUCUUUACAUUGCCACUAUGGCCAGAAGAGUUGUUAUGGCUAUGCACAACCCUAAAAUGGUUGAUGAUAGAGAUUAUGUUGGUAACAAAAGAUUGGAAUUGGCUGGUCAGUUGAUGUCCUUGUUGUUUGAAGAUUUGUUCAAGAAGUUUAACUCUGAUUUUAAGGCCAAUAUCGAUAAAGUUUUAAAGAAACCAAGCAGAACUUCUGAAUUUGACGCUCUAUUGUCCAUCAACAUUCACUCAAACAAUAUCACUAUGGGUUUAAAUCGUGCAAUCUCUACCGGUAAUUGGUCCUUGAAACGUUUCAAGAUGGAAAGGGCAGGUGUUACUCAUGUUUUAUCCAGAUUGUCUUAUAUCUCCGCUUUGGGUAUGAUGACCCGUAUCUCAUCACAGUUCGAAAAGUCCAGAAAAGUUUCUGGUCCUAGAGCUUUACAACCUUCUCAAUUCGGUAUGUUAUGUACUGCCGAUACACCAGAAGGGGAGGCGUGUGGUUUGGUUAAGAACUUGGCGUUGAUGACACAUAUUACAACCGAUGAUGAAGAAGCUCCAGUUAAAAAGUUGUGUAUUGCAUUAGGUUGUGAGCCUAUUUAUGCCUUGGAUUCUGCAACUUUGCAUUCCGAAGGGAACUUUGGUGUUUAUCUUAACGGUACAUUGAUUGGUACAACCAGAUUCCCUCAAAAGUUUGUCAAUGAUUUCCGUCAUUUAAGAAGAAACGGUAAAGUUUCUGCAUUUAUUUCUAUUUAUACAAACACACAUCAUCAAGCUGUUCAUAUUGCUACUGAUGGUGGUAGAAUCUGUCGACCAUUGAUUAUUGUUGAAAAUGGUGAAUCUAAAGUGACUGCUGAACAUUUAGCCAAAUUGUUGAAUCAAGAAUGGAGUUUUGACGACUUUUUGAAACACGGGUUGGUUGAAUAUCUUGAUGUUAACGAAGAAAACGAUUCUUUGAUUGCAUUGUAUGAAGAAGAUAUCAAUGCCAAUAGUAGUACUACCGUCACACACAUGGAAAUUGAACCCUUCACAGUGUUGGGUGCAGUUGCUGGGUUGAUUCCAUAUCCACAUCAUAACCAAUCUCCUAGAAAUACUUAUCAAUGUGCGAUGGGUAAGCAAGCUAUUGGUGCUAUAGCAUAUAACCAAUUCAGAAGAAUUGAUACAUUAUUAUACUUUAUGGUUUAUCCACAACAGCCUAUGGUUAAAACAAAAACUAUUGAAUUAAUCGACUAUGAUAAAUUACCAGCUGGUCAAAACGCAACUGUGGCGGUUAUGUCUUAUUCUGGGUAUGAUAUUGAAGAUGCUUUGGUGUUGAAUAAAUCUUCUCUUGAUAGAGGAUUUGGUAGAUGUCAAGUUGUGCGUAAGAACACUGUUCAAUUAAAGAAAUACCCUAACCAUACACAAGAUAUUCUUUCGGGUAUGAGAGUUGAUGAAAACAACAACCCGAUUUUCCCUCAUCAAGCCUUAGGUCCAGAUGGUUUGGGUGAAGUUGGUAGCAGAAUCCAUAAUGGACAAGUUUUUGCCAACAAGUGUGUUCCAACCAAUUCUGGUGAAUCAGCACUUGGUGGUCCACAACAAGAUGAUAGACAAAUGGAUAGACACAGAGAAGCUCCAGCUUUCUAUAAAGGUCCUGAACCUUCUUAUAUUGAUCAAGUUAUGAUGUCCGUUAGUGAUAAUGAUCAAGCUUUGAUUAAAGUUUUACUUAGACAAACUAGAAGACCGGAAUUGGGUGAUAAAUUUUCAUCUAGACACGGGCAAAAGGGUGUUUGUGGGAUUAUUGUUCAACAAGAAGAUAUGCCAUUUAAUGAUUAUGGUAUUUCCCCAGAUAUUAUUAUGAAUCCACAUGGUUUCCCAUCUCGUAUGACGGUUGGUAAAAUGAUUGAAUUAAUUUCAGGUAAAGCUGGUGUCUUGAAUGGUUCUUUGGAAUAUGGUACCUGUUUCGGUGGUUCCAAAUUAGAGGAUAUGUCCAAAAUAUUGGUUGAAAAGGGGUUCUCCUAUUCCGGUAAGGAUAUGUUACAAUCUGGUAUUACUGGAGAAUGUCUUCAAGCUUAUAUUUUCUUUGGUCCUAUUUAUUAUCAAAAAUUGAAACAUAUGGUUUUGGAUAAAAUGCAUGCAAGAGCUAGAGGUCCAAGAGCUGUUUUAACAAGACAACCAACUGAAGGUAGAUCAAGAGAUGGUGGUUUGAGAUUGGGUGAGAUGGAAAGAGAUUGUGUUAUUGCCUAUGGUGCUUCUCAGUUGUUAUUGGAAAGAUUGAUGAUUUCUUCCGAUGCAUUUGAGGUAGAUGUUUGUAACAAGUGUGGUUUAAUGGGUUAUAAUAAUUGGUGUACAACUUGUCAAAGUUCUGAAAAUGUUAUUAAGAUGACAAUUCCUUAUGCAGCUAAGUUAUUAUUCCAAGAAUUGUUAUCCAUGAAUAUUGCCCCAAGAUUAAGGUUAGGGGAUGUAUUUUAG